AUGGAGAGGAAGGAACAAAUCUUGACCUUCCACAAUCCUCAGGCCCCCAAAAUGAAGGGAAACCGGAACUACCUAAGGCCUACCCUCCCCAUCAAUGAAGAACCGAAUGCCUCCAUGCCACACGAGAAGCAACGGUACCAUAUGGAUCGGACAUCCACCUACAUCCGAAUGUUCUGUGGAAGUCUCUGUGGCUUGAGCCUCCUGAUGGUGCUCUGUACCUGCCCACUGAGCUGGGUGGAGUUCCUGGUGACCAAAACCGGUCUGCAGUUGUAUGCAGGACUUUGGACCAUAUGUAAACAUGAGAUGUGCUGGAGCCACACCCCCAAGCCACCCUAUUAUCUCCAGAGCUCCAGGGUCUUCUGCCUCAUCUCUGUCUUUGCCAUACUUUUUGCUCUUGGCUGGCUCUUUAGCUCUUGUUUCCAUGGAAGAGAAAGCAUGAUCACCAACUUGGAUAUGAAGGAAUCUCUGCUCAGCUUCUUAACAGCCUUCUGCUUGUUCCUCUGCCUCUACCUGUUUCUGGCACAGGUUCACUGGCAUCGAACGGAUGUCAUGGAGUCCAAUUUCCUAUGGCCCUAUUAUCUUAAUUGGUGGAGUACCAUCCUAUACGUGUGUGCAGGGAUCAUCUCUUUUCUCAACUAUGUAAUUUCCCAAUAUCUCCCUUCUGAGGAAAAUUUCACUGUGAUUCCAACAGAGAAGUCAAGGCUGGGUUUUGGCCCUGUGACCACAGUAUCGUUGGCUGAAGAUAAAGCACAGGCAUCUGAAGUGGAACUUCCAGAUGAAGAACCGCCUCGGUGCCAUGACGUCACUAUAUACCUGAACCCCUCGGCGCGUUCGAAACCAGUGGGCAGCUCGCACGCGCUUCACCUGUCACACGGCCGACGGGUUCCGCGGACAACCGCCGCCUCCCCAGUCAGCAGUAGCACGGGCAACAGGAAUUUCAGCUCCGCGUCCGGCGGCUUCCGGGAGCGACGGCGGGGCGGGCGGGAAGCGCCGGCACCGCCCGAGAGGCGGGCCGCCCUCCCCUUGGGAGGCCGAGCGAGGGCUGGGUCCCUGACGGCCCGCGGCAGGAAUCAACUCCGGGGCGGCCCCGGGGCGCCUCUACCCGCGCCCCGCCGGCCGCGGCCUCUCCACGUUAAAGGUCUCCGGACCUCCACCUGCUCCCAGAGCCACCACGGACCCGAGUGCGAAGGAAAGCGAUUCCCGCGCGCCGCCUUCGCCGCCGCCGUGCUCCGAGGGACCCCGCCGGCCGAGCCGUGGGGUCUCCCCACACUCCACGCAGGGGCGGCGGGGCGGGGCGCGAUGACGCACAGAGGAGUGACGUGA